AUGCAGGAGUUUCUACGGGACUGGAGGCAGGAUGCCCUCAACAAGGCACAAUAUGAAUCGGCCAUCUUUAUUGGGGACAAGCUCCUCGCCAUGACCAACGACGACAACGAUGCCUUCUGGCUGGCCCAAGUCCACUUUGCGACUGGCAACUACACGCGUGCGCAGUCGUUCCUCUCCAAGCAAGAUCUCAUCAGCCGUACCCCGGCCUGCCGCUAUCUUGCCGGCCACUGCCUCAUCAAGCAGUCCCGAUUCGAAGAGGCCCUGGCUGUCCUCGGCGAGCGCAAUCCGACGCACCUCAUCGCCAACGGCUCGAGCAACAAGCGCAAGGCCUCCAACCAGCCGCGGAGCACACGGAGGCGAGACGACAAUGCCGCGGACGAAGAGGCGGCGAGUCGGCGGUUCGAGGCGGCCAUGUGCUUCCUCCGGGGCAUCUGCUAUGCGAAGCAAAACGCCUUUGACCGGGCCAAGGAGUGCUACAAGGAUGCGGUGCGCAUCGACGUGCAGUGCUUCGAGGCCUUCCAGCAGCUGAUGAAGAACUCGCUACUGUCGCCAGACGAGGAGUGGCAGUUCCUCGACAGCUUGGACUUUGACUCGAUACACUCCCAGGAGGCGGCCGAGUUCACCAAGAUGCUCUACACGACGCGGCUGUCCAAGUACCGGAAUCCCGCGGCGUUCGAUACGGCUUACGAGUCGCUGUCUACGCAUUACCAGCUGGCCGCUAACCCCGACCUGCAGCUCGCUCGCGCCGACUUGCUGUACACGCAGUGCCGGUACCGAGACGCCCUGACCAUCACCAACGCCAUCUUGGAAGAAGACAAGUACAACUUCGCCAUAUACCCCGUCCACCUGGCAUGUCUCUACGAGCUCAAGAUGAAGAACCUGCUGUUCCUGAUAGCCCACGACCUCGCAGACAGCCACCCCGAGGAGCCCUGUACGUGGCUGGCCGUGGGCAUCUACUAUUUCAGCAUCAAGAAGAUUGCAGAAGCCAGGCGGUAUUUUAGCAAAGCGAGCAUGAUGGACGCACAUUUCGGCCCUGCCUGGAUAGGCUUCGCGCACACAUUCGCCGAGGAGGGGGAGCACGACCAGGCCAUCUCGGCAUACUCGACGGCGGCUCGUCUCUUCAUGGGCACCCACCUGCCGCAGAUAUUCCUCGGGAUGCAGAACCACGCGCUCAACAACAUGACCAUUGCGGAGGAAUUCCUAAAGACCGCCUACGGGCUGUGCAAGACAGAUCCACUGCUUCUCAACGAGAUGGGCAUUGUCAAGUACCAUCAGGACAAGCCCAAAGAAGCUGUCCAGUACUUCACAGCCGCCCUCAAGGUGGCCGACGAGAACGACAGCGAGCCGUCGGCAUGGCUCGCGGCGAGGACAAACUUGGGACACGCCUUCCGCCGGCUGCGGCACUACAACCGGGCAUUGCUGGAGUUUGACGAGGUGUUGCGAGCAGGCGGCAAGAAUGCGGCAAUCUUCAGCGCCAAGGGGCUCAUACUGAUGGAGCAAAACAAGCCACAGGAGGCAGUUGUUGUCCUUCACGAGGCCCUCGCUAUCCAGCCCCAGGAUAGCAUCGCGACGGAGCUGCUGAACAAGGCGCUGGAAGAGACGGCCUUGCUGGAUGGCGCCGCGGAAGAGGAGGCGGAAGACUUGGCCGAAUUCGAUCUGGAGCUGGAGAGGCGCAAGGCCGAGGCGUCUCAGAAGGUGUACGGCAACAAGGCGGGCGCCGGCAUGAUGGACAAGGGAAAGGGGCGAGUGGGCAGGAGGCGGACGAUGCUGCUUGAUGACGACAGCGAUAACGAAAACCACGGGGCCGGCAUGGACAUGACUGACGAUGACAAUGACGGGGUCUAG